UUAGUUAUUUGAUGCAAGUACUUGUCAUAUUCAUUGCAGCAGUACUUUUGUUACUACAAAUGGAAGGAAACCGGCUCUUUUUCGAUGAUUUUGGUUUAGUUUAUGAUUUUUUUUCUCCCUUUACAAAUACUGCAUUUGGCAAAAUUUAGGCUACACUCAAACUAUAAAUUUUGCUCGAAUUUAUGGAAUUAGCAUCAGUCAGACUCUACGUUUUAAGUAGUUCAUUUCAGCUUCAACAAGCCUAUUAACUAAGCAAGAUGUUCAAAUACGUAACUUUUAUCGCCCUCUUCGCUUUCGCCACCGCUGCACCCGGUUUCAUCGCUCAACCUGUGGUAGCUAAAGUAGGUGCCGUUGUUCAUAGUGUUCCCUCGGCAACCUCUCACCAGAGCAUCACUCAAGUGCAUAAUAACGCCCAUAUUGUUACACCUGUAGUGAAAACUUUGGCUCCAGUGGUGCAUGCUGCUCCAGUCGUCCCCUUUGUGAAGACCUACUCAGCUCCCGUGGUUCCAGUUGUGAAGACCUACUCCGCUCCUGUGGUUCCCGUAGUCAAGACUGUUGCUCCGGUCUUCCCAGUUGUGAAGACAUACUCUGCUCCAGUAAUUCAUGCUGCCCCGGUGGUUCCAAUUGUGAAGACAUACUCUACCCCUGUGGUUCAUCAUGUUCCUGUUGUAAAGUCAGUGGUUGCACCAGUAGUCCCUGUGGUUAAAUCGGUUGUUGCUGCUCCAGUUGCUCACAUUGUACAUCAUUAA